AUGGUGGCAGACCUUGGCAUCAACAACAUGUUGCUGGAUCUGGAAUUCAGGAUGCUGGAAUUAGGGGGUCCUGAAGGCUUCCACAAAGUUUUCAAAGGUCGGUCUGGGAAACCAGAAAAGUUCAACAGAAUUUUGAGAGAAAAGGACUCUGGGACAGAGAAUGAAUUCCAGGUUUCCGGAAGCUCGAACAGACAGGGGACCUCAGGGUCUUCCUAUUCCUGCUCCCUGGACGCUCUGUUACGCAGAUUGAGGGCCAUGGAUACCAAGAAGGAUGACAAGUUUGCUGAUGUCCUGGAUGCAGUGGGGGAGUUUGGCACAUUCCAGUGGAGGCUAAUAGUCCUCACGUUUAUUCCCAACAUCAUGUCGUCCUUCUUCAUGUUUGCUGACCACUUUGUGUUCUCAGAAGAGAAGCCCUAUUGCAACACCAGCUGGAUCCUGGCAUUGGACCCCAACCUCUCAGAGGCUGAGCAAAUGAACCUGACCCUGCCCCGAGCACACAAUGGCAGUUUCCUGACAUGUCUUAUGUACUUGCCCAUGUCCUGGGAUCUGGAGUCCAUCAUUCAGUUUGGCCUCAACAUCACAGACCCAUGCGAAGAUGGAUGGAUCUACCCUGAGUCCAAGAGGCGAUCAUUGAUCAGUGAGUUUGACCUGGUGUGUGGCAAGGAACAGGACAAGGAAACCGUGCAGACCAUGUUCAUGACGGGCCAACUGAUAGGGUCUCUCAUCUUCGGGUUAUUAAGUGACAAGUUGGGCCGCUACCCUACCAUCCUACUGUCACUGCUGGGGCUGAUGUUCUUUGGCUUCGGGACAGCCUUUGUGAACACCUUUCACCAGUACCUGUUCUUCCGCUUUGGUGUCUCCCAGGCUGUGAUGGGCUAUGCCAUUGUCAGCCUGACUUUAGUCACUGAGUGGCUUGUGGGGGAACACCGGGCCCAUGCCGUCAUCCUGGAGCACUGCUUUUUCUCUGUGGGGAUCAUGUUCCUGACGGGGCUCGCCUACAACCUUCCCCACUGGCGGAUGCUGUUUCUGGUGGGCGCAGUACCCGUGUUCCCCCUCAUCUCCUACAUUUGGAUUCUCCCAGAGUCCCCACGGUGGCUGAUGAUGAAAGGAAAGGUGAAAGAGGCCAAGGAAGUGUUGUGCUACGCCGCUGAGGUCAACAAGAAGACCAUUCCUCUCAACCUGCUGGAAGAGCUGCAGCUGCCUGGAAAGAAGGUGACUAAGGCCUCUGUCCUAGACUUCUACAGCAAUAGAUACCUCUGUAAGGUGACCUUUGUGAUGGGCUGCGUGUGGCUUACCAUCAGUUACAGCUAUUUUACACUGAGUCUCAAGUUGAGAGAUUUUGGAGUGAGCAUCCACUUCAGACAGGCAAUCCCUGGUAUCUUGGAGGUGCCCGCCAGGCUGUGCAGCAUCAUUCUCCUUGAACAGAUAGGGAGGAAAUGGAGCCUGGCUGUGAUUCUCAUCCAAACCGCCUUCAUGUGCUUUCUUACACUUUUCCUCCCCCAAGGUCUAAAAUCCGCCAUCAUCUUGGUGCUUGUGCUUGGACAGUUCAGCCUGGCCACCAGUGUCUCUGUGGUCUUCCUCUACACUGCUGAGCUCUUCCCCACCAUCGUCAGGUCUACAGGUCUGGGGCUGGUGUCUCUGGCCUCAUCAGGUGGAGCCAUCUUGUCCCUGACGAUCAUCGGCCAGCUCCCAGCCCUCCUGCCCAUUUUUCUCUGCUUCAUCUCCUCUAUCGCAGCCUUGGGUUUUUCCGCCCUGCUGCCGGAAACACAAAACCAGCUCCUCUCUGACAGUAUGGAGCAAUUUUCAAGAGCAAGCUUACAGAAAGAUUCGCUUCAGCAUUCUGACAGCAGUUUCAAGAAGAGGAGGACCGAUGAGGACACACCUGAUGAUAUGUCUGAGGAAGUGGCGAAGAAUACCAUUCGCAAUGCCCAGAUUCUGAGAAUGGACUCAAACUCUGACUCCAACGCUAGCUUGAAGAAAUCCAGAGAGGAGAAAACAGACAGUCAGGUUUCCUGA